CCUCAGGGAAUACCCCUUCAGCCUUAUCCGCCAAAAAAAUUUUAAAGAAAAACUUGCAAAGAGACUUUGCUUUUUUUUUAUUUUCUUGUGUUGUUGCUAUAGUUAAAAUCUGUUUUAGUAAAUUUACCCAUUAUUAUUAUAGUUAUUUAUAAAUGGAUUUGGGAAAUUGAAAUAGAAUGAGCAUCAGUUUCCAAUCAGCAUUGGACAAUGACAAGCUAGCGCUAUUGUUUAACUAAUAAAUUGAUUGUUGGUUUGUAAAAACAAUGACAAAGCAAGAUAUGAAAGGAAUGUUGUUCUGCUUGAGUACAGGUAAUCCCCAAGAGCCUAUAAAAAUCCUUUGUUUACUUUGAAGUUUAAACUCUGACCGGUAUACAAUUAAACCUUAUGAUGUGUACUAAACAGAUAUGAGUCAUAGAUCUAGUUGUUAAUUUUGAAGUACCAAUAAUGUAGUUUAUUUAAGUUACUAAAUGCAACUGUUUUCACUUUAUAGCUGUCAAUGACGACCAGCCCAAAGACUACAAAGCAAUUCAGGUCAGAAUAGUUGGAGCAGCAGACGUCCAUUGGUCAGAAGAGAGGGGGACAGGGGAUGACCGUCGCACUGUCCACUAUAGAGCCUAUGAGGUUUACAUCGACACAUUUGUUAAUGUUUGGGACAGGAACACAGCAGGAGGGGUCAGUUCCCUGUUGGUAAUUUCCAAUUUCCAUUCUCCCUUCAACUGGGAAGUGGUAACUUACCAGCCUCGUACAACGGCACAUAUGGUCGUAUAGACUACAGGAUAGAGGCCAGGGUUAUGAAAGAUGGUAUCUUCAAGCGUGACACUCGUUGCGAAGCAUACAUCAAUGUUGGUAGCAUCGUCCCUAUCAAUAAUCCUCAACUUCAAACUCCAAAAGCAAUGGAGAUCAGUAAAACCCUUUGCUGUCUAUGCUGUGCUUCUGGUCCUAUUAAUAUCACAGCUACUGUGCCACGUACUGGCUUUUGCAUACUUAAAGAUGCCAUACCAAUUGAAGUAUCUGUUGAAAAUGGGAGCCGUAGGGAUGUACGCCAAAUUGUUGCUUCAAUCCACAAGCAAGUUCAUUACACAGCAGAAGGCCACCAUCGCUAUGAUAAUGUAACAGUAGUCAGUGUUGGUAGUGAGCCAGUGGCUGCUCAUAGCUCCACAGUAUGGCGUCCACCUCCUAUUGCUGUCCCUAAUACCCCACCCACACUCCUCAACUGCAACAUACUUCAAGUCACUUACUAUCUGACCAUUACUGGCUCAAUCUCAGGUGCCAUUGACCCAGUCAUUAGCAUACCCAUUACUAUUGGUAAUGUACCACUAGAAGGAGCUCCAGGUGGUUUCCCUCCACAGCCUCAAGGAACUACUGCUCCUCCUCCUGCUGCUGGACCACCACCAGCAUACCCUCAACCUCCUCCACCUACUUUUGCUCCUACUGCUCCCCCAGUUGGUGGAGGAUUUGGUCCCCCAGCUGGUGGAUCUGGGUUUGGUCCUCCUGCUGAGUUUGGUUUUGGUGGGCAACAGUCGAAUUUUAAUAAUUUUGCACCUGUCGGAUUCUCCGAUCCUCCUCAGGGAAUACCCCUUCAUUCAGCCUUAUCCACCAAAAAAAAUUAAAGAAAACUUGCAAAGAGACUUUGCAUUUUAUUUUAUUUUCUUGUGCUGCUGCUGUAGUCAAAAUCUGUUUUAGUAAAUUUACCCAUUAUUGUGCACUAGUGAUUUAUAAAUGGAUUUGUGAAAUUGAAA